CUGCAGCUUCAUGAAAGAGGAUUAAAAUUACAGCAGGCUAUUUACAGUCAGGCCUGCAAGCUGUUGGCAGAUGAUUAUGAGCAAGUGCGUAGUGCUGCAGUCCAGCUAAUUUGGGUCCUCAGUCAACUUUAUCCUGAAAGCAUUGUCCCAAUUCCUUCUUCUAAUGAAGAAAUUCGCUUGGUUGAUGAUGCAUUUGGAAAAAUUUGUCAUAUGGUUAGCGAUGGUUCCUGGGUUGUUAGAGUACAAGCUGCUAAGUUAUUGGGUUCUAUGCAACAAGUUAGCUCCCAUUUCUUAGAGCAGACCCUUGACAAGAAGCUCAUGUCAGAUCUGAGGAGGAAACGCACUGCGCAUGAACGAGCCAAAGAACUCUACAGCUCUGGGGAGUUUUCAAGUGGCAGAAAGUGGGGAGAUGAUGCUCCCAAAGAAGAAAUUGAUACAGGUGCUGUAAACUUGAUUGAAUCGGGAGCUUGUGGGGCUUUUGUUCAUGGCCUGGAAGAUGAGAUGUAUGAGGUUCGGAUCGCUGCGGUUGAAGCCCUCUGUAUGUUGGCUCAGUCCUCGCCUUCUUUUGCGGAGAAAUGCCUGGAUUUUUUGGUUGACAUGUUUAAUGAUGAAAUUGAGGAGGUGAGAUUGCAGUCAAUACACACAAUGAGAAAAAUUUCCAACAACAUCACACUGCGGGAAGACCAGCUGGAUACUGUGUUAGCCGUCUUGGAGGAUUCUUCAAGGGACAUUCGGGAAGCGCUUCAUGAACUGUUGUGUUGCACCAAUGUCUCAACUAAAGAAGGCAUCCAUCUUGCACUGGUGGAGCUGCUGAAAAACCUAACUAAGUAUCCCACAGACAGAGAAUCCAUAUGGAAAUGCUUGAAGUUCUUGGGAAGCAGGCAUCCCACUUUGGUGCUUCCGUUAGUCCCAGAGCUGCUGAGCACACAUCCGUUCUUUGACACGCCAGAACCAGACAUGGAUGACCCAGCCUACAUCGCUGUUCUGGUUCUGAUUUUUAAUGCUGCUAAAAGUUGCCCAACAAUGCCUGCCCUGUUCUCUGAUCAUACAUUCAGACAUUACGCCUAUCUUCGUGACAGUCUGUCUCAUCUGGUCCCUCCGUUAAGAUUGCCAGGUAGAAAGCUGGUGUCCUCCCCUGUCUCUCCCAGUAUUACACCACAUGAAGAUCCUUCCCAGCAGUUCUUGCAUCAGAGCCUGGAGAGGGUUUACAACCUUCAGCACCUUGACCCGCAGGGCAUACAGGAACUGCUGGAAUUUACCAUCCGUGAUCUGCAGAGGCUUGGAGAACUGCAGUCAGAACUGGCAGGGAUGGCAGAUUUCACCGCAACUUACCUUCAGUGUCAGCUGCUCCUCAUCAAGGCCUUGCAGGAGAAGCUGUGGAACGUGGCAGCUCCUCUGUACCUGAAACAGAAUGCGUUAGCAUCUGCUGCAGCAAAACAGAUCUUGGAAGAAACUUAUAAAAUGGAGUUCAUGUACAGCGGCGUGGAAAGUAGACAAGUGGUCAUUAUUCACCACAUGAGACUGCAAGCAAAGGCGUUACAGCUUAUAGUGACUGCACGUACCACUAGAGGAGUGGAGCCCCUUUUUGGGAUGUGUGAAAAAUUCCUACAGGAAGUGGAUUCCUUUCAGAGAUGUUUCAUCUCUGAGCUCCCACAUAUGCAAGGCAGUUUUGUAGAUAAAUUGCUGGACUUAAUGCCCAGACUCGUGACAUCCAAGCCUUCGGAAGUGGUCAAGAUUCUUCAGACAACACUGCGACAAAGUACCUUCCUCCACCUUCCUCUUCCAGAGCAGCUCCAUAAAGCUACUGCAAAUAUAAUUGAGCCUACCGGUGAAUCUGAUAAUCCUCUGAGGUUUACAUCGGGGUUGGUAGUGGCACUGGAUGUUGAUGCAACUCUGGAACAUGUGCAGGAUCCCCAAGGAACCGUUAAAGUUCAGGUAUUGUAUCCAGAUGGACAAGCACAGCUAAUCCAUCCUAAACCAGCUGACUUCCGAAAUCCUGGUCCUGGAAGGCACAGGCUGAUAACUCAGGUUUACCUCUCACACACAGCCUGGACAGAGCCAUGUCAGAUUGAAGUGCGGUUGCUGCUGGCCUACAAUUCCAACAGGAGCAAGGCAUCUGCUAAAAUUCCUAAAUCUGGCUGGAGUGAGAGCUUGGAGGCUCUCCCACAAUCUGAAAACGGCAUAGAGGGGACCAUACCCUUCAGCAAACCUGUCAAAGUUUAUAUAAUGCCCAAACCUGCCAGACGGUGA